GUUUCCUCCCACUAAUGGUUGACAGAGUCAACACAGCUAAAUAUAACCGCAACACAAGAGCAAGCGUCCAGCCCAGUCUGCAGCAGUAGUCCUGCUCUCCACGAACAUCAACACAAACAGAGAAGACACGAAACAAACACCAAAUAAUGAGCCCCGGUAGCCCCCGCUGCCACCUUCACCUGUCUGCCAUCCAUUCAUCAUCUGAGUCACUCAACCAAAACAGCAGACUGGCCAAGGUGUGUGUAGUGUGUGCGUGGCUGGAGGAGGAGUCCUGCAGCUCCUGUCAGAGCAGUUGUUCCCAAUACCACCCGGCUGAGGAGUGAGGCAGGACCCAUUUAAGGACUCAGAGAUGGACCACACUGUGAAGACAAAGACUUUGGCUCAACCCCAAAGAACAUCAAGACAUAUCCAGGGAACUGCCGGACACCUGUAGCUUUGGAGGACUAACACGAAGGAUGGAAGAGGAAGAGGAGGCCACGGUCCCAGAGGCUCCAGAGGAAGCAGAGUCCCCAUACCUGUACCUUGACCCUCCCUCGGACCCUCUCGAACCCACAUAUGCUGCCUUGUACCUCAGCUCAGAACCCCCGCACCCUUCCCCAGACGUACCCUCCCUUCCAGACGCCCAAUUGCCCGCAGAGGACUCUGAUCCCGAGUCCCCGCGCCCUCCACCAGAGCCAGCCCCAGAGGCCCCGCCCCUGGCCACAGGGCUUCCGUGUCCUGCGACGUUCCCCGCCUCGCCAGCAGCGGGCGCUGCGGAGGAGGCAGGCCAGCCGUCCAGAGACAGCCGUAAACUGGACUGCAUCAUCUGCUACUGCGGCUUCAACCUGAGUGAGAGGCUGCCUCGCAGGCUGUACUGUGGACACACCUUCUGCCAGGCCUGUCUGCGCAGGCUGGACACCAUCCUCAACGAACAGAUGUGGAUCCCCUGCCCACAGUGCAGGCAGAACACCCCCCUGCCACGUGGGGGAGCUACAGCUCUGGACCUGGAUCUGGCAGCCUUCCUGGGGGUGAAGGCCGAGAUGGACGGCCACCAGAGGAGCAGCCCCAGGCAGGGAGUAGAGACAGGCGUCUCUCAGCUGGAGCACAAGCUCUCCUUCGGGAAGCAGUCGAUCAUGGAGCAGCCCCCUGGGUCCACCUGGGCCCACGGAGGACUAGCCGAGCCCCGAUUUCACAGGAGCCCCUGCUGCCAGCGCUGUCUCUUCUGCUGCUGGUGGUGCUGCUAG